AUGAUUGCUGAUGAUAGUGGCGAUGAUAUUGGAGCGAGUGAGCCUGCUAGUGCCGGUGGUGGCUCUAGCUCUGGCGUACAGCAGUACCAUCCACAUUUUUCAUCUUUGGACCUGGAUGCCAUGAGACAGCCGGGGGUAUCUGGGGAGGCUGCAGGAUUUGGCGCUAGAGAUGCAGAAGGAUCAGCUGGUAUGAUAGAGUUCCAGGUUGGUCACAUCCGCCGAGGUGUACAGUACAAGGUUGUGGAGUCUGAUUAUCGCCGUUACAUUGGCAAGUGUUAUGAGUUCGGGAAUGGGUGCACAUGGUUAAUUCGGCUGAGUCUCCGGCAGCGCAAGGGCAUAUGGGAGGUCAAACGUUACAAUGGACCGCAUACUUGUCUCGCCAGCUCUAUCACCAGCGAUCACAGGAGGUUGGAUUAUCAUGUGAUAUCGGCAUUCAUUAUGCCAAUGGUUAGAGCUGAUGCAUCCGUUAGCAUCAAGGUGCUCCUAAAUGCGACUGCCUCGCACUAUGGGUUCAGGCCGACCUACAGGAGGGUUUGGAUGGCGAAUCAGAAGGCUGUUGCACUCAUUUAUGGUGACUGGAAUGAGUCUUACAACGAGCUCCCAAGGUGGGUGUUAGGAGUGCAGGUGACCAUGCCUAGUUCUAUUGCAGUUCUUCGGACUAGCCCUGUUCGAAUUGGGGGACAGCUGGAUGAAUCUCAGGCUUAUUUUCACAGACUGUUCUGGACUUUCCCACCGUGUAUCGAGGCAUUUCGUCAUUGCAAGCCGUUGGUUAGUAUUGAUGGGACGCAUCUAUAUGGCAAGUAUGGGGGUACUCUGCUUGUUGCAAUUGCACAGGACGGGAACUCCAACAUACUCCCUGUUGCAUUCGCACUAGUCGAGGGUGAGAAUGCUGAGUCUUGGUCAUUCUUUCUCUCCCACCUCCGUCAGCACGUCACCCUACAUCCGGGUCUGCUUGUUAUCUCUGACAGGCAUAACGGCAUCAAAGCCGCCCUUGAGGCUCCCGACGGGGGCUGGCUGCCUCCGGCUGUAUACCGAGCUUUCUGCAUUCAGCACGUAGCAGCAAAUUUUGCCCUCACCUUCAAGGGUAAAGAUGCAAGGAGGCUUCUCGUUAACGCUGCCUAUGCUAAGACGAAGGUUGAGUUCGAUUACUGGUUUGAUAUUCUUCGCUCGGAAGAUCCGGCGAUGUGUGAUUGGGCAAACUAG